AUGUCGUUCGACAAGAUGAACUUCAAGGAAGCGGUGCAGAACCGUCGCUCCAUCUACCAGCUCACCAAGAAGAGCCCGAUCAGCGACGACCGCAUCAAGGAGAUCCUCUCGACGGCCGUCAACGACGUGCCGUCGUCUUUCAACUCGCAGUCUACUCGCUUGGUUGUUCUGCUGAAGGAGGAGCAUACUAAGUUCUGGCAAAUCGUCAUGGAUAUUCUGAAGGGCAUUGUUCCGGAGGAUAGCUGGGAGCACACGGGCAACCGAUUGAAUGGCUUCAUGAACGCAUACGGCACGGUCCUCUUCUACGAAGACCCAGCCGCGAUCCACGCCCUGCAGAAACAGUAUCCCCAAUACUCAGACAAAUUCCCCCAAUGGAGCGAACACACCUCCGCCAUGCACCAGUACGCCCUCUGGACGGCCUUCGAAACCGAAGGCCUCGGCUGCAACCUGCAGCACUACAACCCCCUGCCGGACGAAAAGGUCGCCGCGACCUGGGAGAUCCCGCUGGAGUGGAGUCUGAAGGCGCAGUUGGUGUUUGGGCAGCCGCAGGAGGGGGCGCGGGAGAACUUGGGGAAGAAGAAUCAGAAGCCGUUGGAGGAGAGGUUGAAGGUUUAUGGGGCGUAG